UAUAUAAAUGUGUGUGUGUGUGUAUAUAAGAAAUAUUGAUUUGUGUAUAUAUAUACUAAGAAAAGGGACACACAAGGCAUAUGAUAAUAAGCAUCUGUGGCUCAUCAAGCAUCCUCCUCUAGUUAAAGAAACAAAGAGACAUCAAAGUACUAUGAAAGCAGACCUAAGAGGGAACCCAACAUCCUUUCUUUUCCAAAACCCUAACCUUUUCGGCAACUCUCCUCAACCCUCCUCUGAUCUCACAGGCGCACUCAGAGGAUGCAGUAGUAGCAGUCUUGGCAGCCUUGACGGAGCAUGCACAGAGAAGCUCUUACUUCACUGCGCAAGUGCGCUGGAGACCAAUGACGUCACCCUGGCUCAGCAGGUGAUGUGGGUGCUCAAUAACGUCGCUUCUCCCAUGGGUGACCCUAACCAAAGGCUCACUUCUUGGUUCUUGAGGGCCCUCGUUUCCAGGGCGUCUAGGGUUUGCCCUUCCACUUUCGGCGGCGGCAAUGGCGUUCACACUAGGUUGAUGACUGUGACUGAGCUUGCAGGGUAUGUGGAUGUUAUUCCCUGGCAUAGGUUUGGGUUUUGUGCGGCGAAUAGUGCCAUUUUAAGGGCGGUCCAAGGGGAAAAUAAAGUUCAUAUUUUGGAUUUCAGCAUUACUCAUUGUAUGCAAUGGCCGACUCUCAUUGACGCCUUAGCUAAGCGGCCGGAAGGCCCUCCGUUCCUCCGAAUAUCAGUCCUUUCAUGGCGGCCCUCCGUCCCUCCCUUACUUAACGCGUCGUGUGAACAACUCGGCCUUCGUCUCGCCAAGUUCGCGAAGUUCAGAGACGUCCCUUUUGAGUUCAACGUGAUCGGAUCAGACUAUAUCCCCCAAGAAUUCCCAGAUUUUCACCACAAUUUCAUCCUAAAUUCUCUCACCCCUCCCUGUCUGAAUCUCAGGGACGACGAGGCUUUAGCAGUGAACUGCCAGAACUGGCUGCGCUAUCUUCCUUGUCGCGACACUUUCAUCGACGCAAUCAAAGGUUUAAACCCCAGCAUCGUCACCAUAGUCGACGAGGAUUGCGAUCUGGGCGCUCCCAGUUUAGUCUCGAGAAUCACGGCAUGUUUCAACUACCUAUGGAUACCCUUUGACGCCCUGGAAACAUUCCUGCCGAAAGACAGCCCCCAGAGGAUCGAAUACGAGGCUGACAUCGGACACAAGAUCGAGAACAUCAUCGGAUUCGAAGGGGACCAGAGGAUAGAACGGUUAGAAUCUGGGAUGAAACUCUCGCAGAGGAUGAAGAACAACGGGUUUCUCAGCGCGCCGUUUUGCGAGGACACCAUUGGAGAAGUUAAGUGUUUGUUAGAUGAACAUGCGAGCGGUUGGGGAAUGAAGGUAGAGGACGACAUGUUGGUUUUGACAUGGAAAGGGCACAGUGCAGUUUAUGCAACGACUUGGGUCGUCUCACCUCAAACUCAAGCCGACAUUGAAAUCAAAGAUUAGAUGUAGUAAUUGCAGGAUUAAUGUAAUAAAGUGCGAUCUUGAAUUACGUUAAACUGGACAACGUGGGUAAUUAGUUAGGGUGUCACUGUAUGUAUGUAUGUGGUCCAUUGAGAAGAGAAGAAGAGGACAAUAACAGAUAUGGGAUGUGUUUUCUUAAUCAAAAUUCUGCUUUUCAAAGGAGACAAGAAGAACAUAUGACUGUAGUUGGAGAAUGGGUUGGUUUCACUUUUUGGAUUUGGUUAUAGCUGUAAGGCAAGGAAAGAAAUGUAAAUAAUGUCCUUAUUUUUGCUCCUUUAUAUUCCCAUACUUUUGUAUGUAUGUAUGUUCUGCCUUUUCUAGCGAUCAAUUAUUAUUUUUCCA